AAUUCCACCAAUGAAACGAUAGUCAAGCAACAUGUUAGCCAAUCAGAAGGUAUCAGUAGUUUUGACGUCAUCACCCACCAGCCUUCCUUUGUUAAGCUGGUCAAACUAAGCUACGCGUUCUACUCGCUUCAUCCGUGUGGCAGGUAUUGUUGGAGCUGGACCGAAGGAAGACUAAAAGUGAAUAGUUAUUAGUGCCUUCAGUGUGACUGCUUCCUUUUAACUAAAGACAUGUCUGCAGUCUGCAAGUGGAUAAGUGGUUUCUGUAUAUGGGAAAAUCACAAAAAAAUUCAGCAUCAAGUCCAUCCUGAUCAGCAACCAUUUGAUGCCCUUAUAAUAUGGAGAGAAAAGGCCAAAGAAAGUACUGGUGGUGUUGCUUAUGAAGUUAUUUUGAAGCCUGCAUCAAAUUAUACCCCUCAUAAGCCUGGAUCUCCUCCCAAGGAGACUCGGUCUCUCACCCAGGAGGCUAUUGCUGAUAAGUUAAAGAAAGCUCAGGAGAGAAGAGAGUCUCUAGAAACCCAGAGAUUGGAACAACUGCAGAAAGAAAGAGAACGAGCACAGCAAGUUCUUCAGAAAGCUCAAGAAGAAAACAACACCUUUUCCAAAUCUACAAAAGAAAAACUUCGCAGGAGUUUGGAAUUAAAUAAGGAAAACAGAGAAGCUCAGAUUAAGGCAUUACAAGAUCGUCUUCGGGAACAUCGUAAGAAGGUAUCUGACGCAUGCAAGAAUAGUGAAAUGGUGUCCAAAGACCUGGAGGAAAAGAUAAAUCAAAAAUUUGAGAAAUAUGAUCAGAACAGGAGAGCCCAGAUGCAAUUGUUGCUCGAUCGCCUCAGGGAGCACGACAAACAUAUUAAGGAGGUAAACAAUGCUUGUGAGACAAUGUACAAAACUUCUGGGGAGAAGAUUGGUGAAAAGGUUUUCCAGAAAAUGGAUUCAGCUAUCAAGAACAGAGAGGGAGUGAUUAAAGCUAUUCAGGACCGUCUUCAGGAACAUGAAAAACGUAUUGAAGAGGUGCGUAAAAACAAGUUGUCUGUCCAUGAAGAUGAUGAUAGCUACGAGUGUGUGGUUGACAACAGUUAAUGUUGCUGGCAUCCAAGCCACAUGGCCGCAAGUGCUGUCUUCAUUUGUGUUUGUGUCAAAAUUUGCCUACUGGUGAAAAAAAAACAUCAUCCACUGUUGCUUUCUUCCUGUCCUAGGUUUCAGAAAUGGCGCGUUAAGCAUCUCUGCCAUACAGAGUGAUUGGCACAAAAAAAAAUAUUGCUUUUGAUCUGGAAAUUUUUUUUUUUUUAAAUUCUCUCACUCGCUCUCUCUUCUCUCUCUCUCUCUCUUUCUAUCUAUCUACCCCCAUCUUUUUUUUUUUUUUGGUUAAGAAUUUCUGGUUAAUUUACAUGCUUAAGUCUUUUUGCUCGACAUAAUGUGUCUUCGUUUCUUCCUAUUUACGUUUUUUUGAUUUUGUUUUUCCUCUCUGCCGCCUCUUAACCUGCGAGAGAGAAAAACCCAAGAAAGAAACAAAAAAGAAAUGAAAGAGACGAGAUAAAAAAUGGGAUACAUUUGUUGAAAAAGUUCUUGGCAUUUUUAAAACAAAACCAGACCCCCUUUUUUCUUUCUUUCCCCCCCGAAAAAUGUAAAAAAAAUUUUUCCUCCCCAUCCCCCGCCCCACUCCCCUGGAAAAUAUUUUUCUUUAAAGAAUUUUUCUGUAUUCUUACUGAGCCAGUACUAUUGAAUAAACGGGCUGUCCAACUGAACUAGAACCAAUGACCAGAAAUCUUUCAAACUUCCUUCAUAUAUCAAAACUAAACCAUCACAAAAAAAAAAAAAAAAAAAAAAAAAAA